AUGCACAUGGGAAGACUUGGUAUACAGCACUGGGCAGCGCUGGAAUUAACCACCAAUGAGAAAUAUAACGACAGCAUUCAGGCUUAUGCAGCCGGGGUGGCUGAAGCCACGGUGUCUGCGCAGCUGGUGUACAUGCAUUGGAUGAACACCAUGGUUAGCUACUGUGGGCCUUUCACCUACCAGACGAACUACUGUCAAAAGUUGAAAAGUUACCUCGAAGCCAACUUGAAUUGGAUGGAGAAACAGAUUGAAGAGGCAGGGAUGGACUCUGCCUAUUGGUAUCAGGUUCGCCUUGUUCUGCUGCAGUUGAAAGGUCUUGAAGACGGGUACAAUGGUCAAAUUUCCUUCCCGACCGGCAGAUUCUCUAUCGCCUCCUUUGGCUUUCUCUUGUUCCAGCUGGGCGGUGAUCUGGAAGAUCUGGAAUCGGUCUUCGAUAAACCUGAACAGGAGGAUAAUCUUGGUUCUGGCUCCUGUUCAGCUCUGAUCAAACUUCUACCUGGCAAUCAGGAUCUCCUUGUCUCACACGUCACCUGGAAUAACUACGAAGCCAUGUUGCGCAUUCUUAAAAAGUAUACCUUGCCAUUCCGGACUUUACCUCGGGGCGAUACCACAAUUCCCGGUCACACCCAGGCUUUCUCUUCGUAUCCUGGCACUAUUUUUUCCGGCGAUGAUUUCUACAUCUUGAGUAGCGGAUUGGUGAGUCUGGAAACUACCAUCGGAAACAGCAACAGUGACCUUUGGAAGUUCAUCAGAGCUGACAACAGUGUGUUGGAAUGGUUGCGCAACAUUGUGGCCAAUCGGCUGGCGAGGACUGGAGAAGAAUGGGCGGUCAUCUUUGAGAAGUUCAACAGUGGCACGUACAAUAACCAAUGGAUGAUUGUGGAUUAUAAAUCUUUUGUGCCAGGCAUGGUUGCUCCCCAACGUGGCCUCCUGACUGUGCUGGAACAGCUUCCGGGAAUUGUGAUUACUACCGACAAGACCGAGCUGUUGUACCACAAAGGCUACUGGGCAAGCUACAAUGUGCCGUAUUUCCAGUAUAUCUUCAACAUCAGUGGUCUCCCGGCAUUGGUUCAGAAAUAUGGGGACUGGUUCACCUAUGAGAAGAAUCCCCGAGCACAAAUUUUCCGGCGCAACCAAACUCUUAUACGGGACAUGGAUUCAAUGAUCCGACUGAUGAGGUUCAACAACUUCCCUCACGAUCCUCUCUCCCGGUGCCAAGGCUGCAGCCCACCCCAGAACGGAGAAAACGCCAUUGCUGCCCGCUCCGAUCUCAACCCUGCGAACGGCACCUACCCUUUCGGGGCCCUCCACCAGCGGCGCCACGGGGCCACCGAUGUGAAGGUGACUUCUUUCGCCAUGAUGAAGAAUUACAGCUUCCUGGCCGCCAGCGGUCCUACUUGGGAUGACCUCCCUCCCUUCCAGUGGAGCUCUUCUCCAUAUUGCAAUAUAUCUCACAUGGGGCACCCGGAUCUUUGGAAAUUCUCGCCCAUCCGCGUUCGCUGGGGUUGAGGUCUCCAGGCUUGGGAUUGUAGGCCUAAUUCUGGCUACCCACCUGGAGCUUUUGGGGUGCAGAUUCCACCCAGGGGCUGGCUUUCUGGAAAGCGAGGGGAAGGCCUUCUUCCUUUCGUUCUCAGCAGCUUGAGCAGUCCAUAAUGAAGAAAUAGAACAGGGGGUAUGCGGAUGCUGCAAUCCUGUAGGGCAGUGGGAUAUG